CAGGACAAGGAAUAGAGAGACCCGAAGGGACAUCUCAGAAGAGACAGCUUGAACUUCACUAUUCCCAACCAACUCGGCGCCAUGGACACUAAAGGCUCAUUUUUCUAUGGCUUCCUCUUGCUGCUGCUCAUCCAGCUCCAGUCCAGCAGAGCCAACCCCAUCUACAGCCUCAGCCCUGCCAAAGAACUGGCCAGCAUGGAGGCUCUGUUGGAGAGGCUGGAGGAGUUUGCAAUGAUUGAAGCCCUGGAGUCCAACCCUGACGUGCAAGAACCCCAAACCCCAGGAGAAUUCCGCCCAGAACUCGACGACGACAGCGAGGACCAGAAGGCUGAAGCCCUGGCACCCAACACCCCCCUGUCCUACAGGGACCUCCUCAAGAGGCUGAGGGGCUGCAGGUGCCCAGGAUGAUGAGAAGACUCCGGGUGCUUCGGCAGGAGGAUCGAUCGGAUCGGCUCCCUCAGCGGGAUGGGCUGCAACGGUGAGUCACUGUCUGUGCACCACAGGGGAGGAGCAGCCCUUAAAUCUUUACGGUGA